UUCUGUUUUUCAAACACAGUUGUCUUGCCCCACUUCUGCCAGUGUGGCUCCCACCCACCCCAUACGAGUAAUUUGAAGAAGUCCACCAACAACUUCUCAAAAGCUCUUGCGUCCAACUUUGCCGAACCCAUCCCCAUGCGAGGCCGUAGAAAAGUUUUCAGCCACAGAAAAAGAAGGAACAGUACUUGAAAGAGGGGUUUACCAAGUCUGCAGAGAAGAUAAAAGACAUGGCUUUGAUCGGAGAGGCUUUUAUCUCUGCUUCCGUCCAGGUGUUGUGCAACAGAAUUACUUCACCCGAGUUCGUUGACUUAUUUCGGCACAAGAAACUCGAUGAGCCACUCCUCAUGAAGCUGAAGACGACACUGUUGACCAUAUACGCAGUUGUGGAUGACGCAGAGGAGAAGCAAAUUAAGAAACCUGCUGUGAGGGAUUGGCUCGACGAGGUCAAACAUGCUGUCUUUGAUGCAGAAGACUUACUGGAUGAGAUCGACACGGAAGCUUUACGAUGCAAGUUCGAAGGUGAAGAUCAAACCGGAAAAUUUACCAACAAGGGGUUUUGCCUUAGGCUCGAAGGUGGGGUAUCUCGUGAAGUUAAAAGAGCUCGUCAUUUGUCAUAUGCUAGGGGAAAAUUUGAUGCUGCUCCAAGAUUUGAACCAUUAUAUGAGGCUACAUGUUUGCGGACCUUCCUACCUACCUCUUUAAAUCCAUAUAGACAUGAAAGAUUUUUUGUAAGUAAAAAAGUUCUACAAGAUUUGUUGCCAUCACUAAGAUGUUUGCGGGUGUUAUCAUUGUCACAUUAUCAGAAUGUGACUGAGUUACCUGAUUCCAUUGCAAACCUCAUUCACUUGCGCUACUUGGAUCUUUCCCAUACCGCAAUUGAAAGGUUACCGAGGGUAGUUUGCAAUCUCUACAACUUGCAAACAUUACUAUUGUCAAAUUGUUACUCUCUCUUUGAAUUGCCUGCAGACAUUAGAAAAUUGAUUAAUUUACAGAAAUUGACGUUGGGAGGUUGUAGCUCUCUUAUGAAAUUGCCUGCAGGCAUGAAGGAGUUGAUUAAUUUGCAUCACCUUGAUGUCAAUGGAACUAAAAUUGAAGAGAUGCCGGUGCAAAUGGGUAGACUGAAAAGUUUGAGAACAUUGACUGCGUUUGUUGUGGGCAAAUCUACUGGGUCAGGCAUAAGAGAACUGAGGGAGUUCCCGCAGCUUCGCGGAAAACUAUCAAUUUUGAAGCUACAAAAUGUAGUUGAUGCGAGGGAUGCAUUGCAAGCCAAUAUGAAGCACAAGAAAGAUCUCAAGGAGUUAGAGUUUUCAUGGGGUGCAGAGGAUGCUAAUGAUUCCCAAAAGGAGAAAGAUGUACUCAACAAGCUCCAGCCUUGUGUGAAUUUGGAGAAAUUAACCAUCAGAUUCUAUGGUGGAACUAAUUUUCCGAAUUGGUUAGGAGACUUGUCUUUUUCUAACAUACAAGUCGUGCAUCUCAGUGACUGUAGUUAUUGUUGGUCGCUCCCACCAGUUGGGCGGCUACCGGCACUCAAAGAGCUCUGUAUAGAAAGAAUGAAGUUUGUGAAGACGAUUGGCGUUGAAUUCUAUGGUAGAAAUGGAGCUUAUCUGACUCAGCCAUUUCAAUCUCUGGAGAAGCUGAAGUUUAGGGAGAUGCCAGAGUGGGAGGAAUGGGUACCAAGUGGAAGUGCAAGUGGAGGUGAAUAUGGUCCAGACUUUCCUCGUCUCCAGGAACUGAUUCUAAACAAUUGUCCGAAACUGAGAGGUAGUUUGCCUUGUGAGCUGCCUUGGUUAAAGAAGCUUAUGGUGUCUCGGUGUGAGGUUUUGCAUGAUGGAAUGGCCACUACCACAACUACCAAUAGUCUUAACUAUAAAUCUCUUGAAGAAUUGAAAAUAGAAGACAAAGCUCUGUUAUCAUUAUUAGAGACAAAGCUCCUGUCUCGACUUGAGAUUGAAAAUGUUGUUGACGUACAGUGCUUGUCCUACUACAAUCGUCUUCAAAGUUUGACUCUUUCGAAUUGUCCAACGCUGUCGUCGUUUCCUAAAGAUGGCCUACCCAGUACGUUGACUUCGCUUAAUAUAAACAAUUGUAGGAAAUUAGAAUUCCUACCUCAUGAGAUGUUGGCCAAAUUAACAUCGCUUGAGACUUUGCGUAUAUAUCAAAGCUGUGAUUCAAUGAGGUCCUUCCCGUUGGGCAGUUUUCCCAAAUUGACGGCGCUUAGCAUUUGGGAUUGUGAGAAUCUGGAAUCCCUUUCCAUGAUUGAAGAAGAAGGAGCUGUUGAGAAUCUCAGCCAUCUCAAUUACUUGCAAAUCUAUAAAUGUCCAAAAAUGGUGUGUUUUCACGAGGGAGAAUUGCCCACUCCCAACCUGCGUGGCUUUGAAGUCGGUGAAUGCGAGAAUUUGAAGUCAUUGCCCAAACGCCUUCACACCCUCACAGCCUUUCGAUCUUUGCAUAUACAGAGUCUUCGGAAUCUGGAGUCAUUUGCAGAAGAUGGGGGUUUGCCUCCCAACCUCCGAUAUUUUGGGAUUGUGAAUUGUGAGAGACUGAGGGAUUCAUCAGUGGGAGAGUACUGGGGUUUGCAAGCACUUGUCUCCCUUGAAAAACUUCUUAUCAGUGGAAGUGACCAUGUCUUGGAGACGUUGCUCAAAGAACAGGUGCUCCCUACCACUCUUCACACUCUCCGCAUCUAUUCUCUAUCAACUCUGAAAUCUUUGGACGGAAAAGGUCUUGGACACCUCACUUCUCUUCAAGUGCUAGAAAUUGACAGCUGUCCAAGUCUGGAACUCCUGCCAGGAGAGGAACUUCAACACCUCACUUCUCUUCAAAAUCUAUACAUUUGGAACUGUCCCAGUCUCCAAUGCCUGCCAGAAGAAGGUUUGCCGCCAUCUCUUUCUUAUCUGCGUAUCCUCUUUUGUCCUGCUCUAGAAAAAAGGUAUAAGAAUAAGACGGGACAAGAUUGGGCCAAGAUAUCUCACAUUCCUUGCAUCGAGAUAGGCAACGAAGUGAUCAUAUAAUGUGAGGUAUUCCAUUUUACACUCUCAAAUCAAAGUCAGAGUUACUUCAGCCGAGUUCAUCGACUUAUUUCGGCAGAAGAAACUCGACGAACCACUCCUCGUGAACCUGAAGACGACACUGUUGACUUUGUUGGCGGUGCUCCAUGAUGCAGAGGAGAAGCAAAUUGUGAACCCUGCUGUGAGAGAGUGGCUUAACGAGCUCAAGCAUGCUGUCUUUGAUGCAGAGGACUUACUGGAUGAGAUUGACACUAAAGCUUUGCGAUGCAAGCUGGAAGGUGAGGAUCAAACCCACAAACUAACCAACAAGGAUCUUUUUCAUUGAAUUAUGUAAUCAAUUAUUCUCUUAUUGUUUUCGCACUGUUAAAGGAGUCAGCCACACAGAAUAAGAAACUAUGGAUGGGAGCAAUCUUAUUUCAUACUAAUUUAAAA